CAAUCUUUCCCUUCCCUCCCUCUCCCUCCUUUCAUAACAUACUCUCUCCAAACGAAAUAAGAGAAAUCAUUCAGUAUACCAAUCGCACAUCGUAAGCCAAAUCGCCAAAUCCCAUUUCCCAAAAGAUCCCCAGGCAGAAACCAUGGCCGAACGACCCUUCAUCACCUGCCACGUCCUCGACACCACAACCGGCAAACCCGGCGCCAACAUCGCCGUAACCCUCCGCCUCCUCUCCCCCGCAAACCUCACCCAAACCCACUGGACAGCACAGACAAACACCGACGGCCGCGUUCCAACCUGGACCUCAAACGGAGCCGACAGCGUGAACGACGUGGUAUCCAAAGCCAAGGCGCAACUUGCUGGUGCUGGUGCUGGGGAUGAGGAGCAAAUGCUGUGGAGCCUGACGUUUGAGACGGAGGCGUAUUUUGGGAAGGGGAGGACGUUUUGGCCGGUUGUGGAGUUGCGGUUUGCGGCGCGGGGGGAGGAGGCGCAUUAUCAUGUUCCGCUUUUGCUGGGGCCGUGGAGUUAUACUACUUAUCGGGGGUCGUGAUUGCAAAUCGCGUGGAUGCAUGUUGUCACGCUGGGGAUUAGAUUUGCAAAUGGCAGAUUAUGCAGGCUUAGGGACUGUGUGAUGGCCAGGGACGGCUAAUAGAUUGGUUCUACCUUACACAUGCCACAGCACGAGAAUGAGAAGAGUUCCAAGAACAU